UCCCCUCCACAGAUAAUCCACGCGGCCAACGUCCCUGGUAGUAAACAUAUGAGUGAGGCGAUGUUUGAUCUGACUAGAAAUCUCCAAAUAUACCUAAUAUGCGAUCAGAGACUUUGUGACACAGUCGCGCAAUCGUGUGGGAGUCAGCCCCAAUAACGUGAUACAUUUACUACCUUGUGCCUAAGGAUUAUCAUAUCGGUCCGAGCUACACGCACGCAUAUGUUGCCUGGAGCGCUAAAGGGCCCAACUCCUAUCCACGCAAUGCACCGCAUAAUAGUGAUGGUUCGUAUGCCUCGGAACUACACUAGGACGUAGAUCGUCCCUGGGUUCAUGUGCUCCUUCUCCACUCUUCCCCAAGGGUUUCGAACCUUGGGGAACAUAUAUCAAUGCUCACAUAUGCUCGCCCAACCCUCUCGUGCCACAGCUUACGGCGUUCAAUACAGACUUCAGUAUCAAUUUCAGCCUUGACUUUUCUGCUCAGUACUAGUGGAAGAGAUUGCAGUUGGUGACCAUGUCCGGCAACUACAAACAAGAGAUAUACCCCGUCAAGGAGACGUACUCGUCGUCCAUGUCGCUCAAGACCAACAAGCUCGUAAACGUACGCCAACUCUUGUGGAAAGAGCUUCCCGUUCUCCUUGGCGAAUUCCUGGGAACUUUCAUGUUCUUGUUCUUCGCUUUUGCAUUUGGGUUUUCGCUGCUUGUCAAUGUUGCGAUUUUCUCGGAUGUUAGCGGGGCUAUGUUCAAUCCAGCAGUCACGCUAGCUUUGUGGGGUGUUGGUAUGAUUCGUUGGCAACGGGUCAUUCACGCUAUCAUUGCGCAACUGCUCGCUGGCAUUAUCGCCGCCUUCCUCGUCUCUGUCAUGCUUCCCAGUAAAUUGGCCGUCGCGACCACUCUCAACGUCUCCACAACUUCGGUCUCACAGGGUUUCUUUCUGGAGAUCUUCAUGACCGCACAGCUCCUUCUAGCUAUUCUCCUUGUACCUAGUGGGCCUAGCAAACCGAUGUACUGCGGGUUCGCUCUUUUCAUCGCCCAUCUGACGGGCAUCUAUUCGACUGGCGCGAGCUUAAAUCCGGCGAGGACCCUAGGACCCAUGGCCGUUGUUGGUGCGCAAUCAUCAGAUUGGAUCUACAUUGUGGGGCCAGUCUUUGGCGCAGGUUUGGCAGCGGGCAUCUACAAAGUUUUGAAAAUGUCUCAGCAGGAGGAUUGA